AUGGCCCCCAAAGAGGACAUGCUGCCGCCUGGCUGGGAAGAUCUAGACAGGCAGAUGGGGCAGCUAUUUAUGAUGGGCUUCGACGGAACUUCGGUCAGCCCUCAGAUCCGCUCUCUGAUCGAAAACUAUCAUCUAGGCUCAGUUCUACUCUCUGCCAAAAACUUAAAAUCUGCGGAAGAUGCAAUGCGACUGGUCCUUGAGCUCCAAACCAUUGCCCAGGAUGCUGGCCAUCCGGUGCCUCUACUCAUCGCCCUAGAUCAAGAAAAUGGGGGCGUGAACAGCCUAUAUGAUGAGAUAUACAUCCGACAGUAUCCUAGCGCCAUGGGUAUUGCUGCGACGGGUUCAAAAGCCCUGGCGCAUGAAGUCGCAAUGGCUACGGCUCAGGAGCUCAAGGCCGUCGGGGUCAACUGGAUCCUUGGCCCUGUCUUAGACGUGCUGACAAACGUGAGGACUCAGCCUUUGGGCGUCCGCACCACUGGCGAUGACCCGCAAGAGGUAUCCCAAUAUGGCGUCGAGUUUAUGAAGGGCUAUCAGAAAGCAGGCUUGGUGACGUGUGGCAAGCAUUUCCCUUCAUAUGGUAACUUGGAGUUUCUUGGGUCUCAGACCGACGUGCCUAUCAUCACGGAGUCACUGGAACAGCUCAGUCUGACUGCGUUAGUGCCUUUCCGCAAUGCCAUCGUCCAUGGGUUAGAUUCCAUGAUGGUAGGAGGCGUUUCAAUGUCCUCCGCGGGAGUUAACGUCAUGCAUGCCUGUCUCAGUGAGCAUGUUGUUGACGACCUGCUACGGAAGGACUUGAAAUUCAAAGGCGUGGUCGUUUCAGAAUGCCUGGAGAUGGAGGCCCUCACACACAAUAUUGGAGUCGGCGGCGGAACGGUGAUGGCAAAGAAUGCGGGCUGUGACAUCAUACUCUUGUGCCGAUCUUUCCAGGUGCAGCAAGAGGCAAUCAAUGGCCUGAAGCUCGGCGUUGAGAACGGUAUCAUCGGUCGAACACGCAUAGAGCAAUCAUUACGCAGGGUCCUCGACCUAAAAACCAAAUGUACCUCCUGGGAGCAGGCCCUCAAUCCUCCCGGCCUUUCUUCGCUGACACAGAUGCAACCGUCUCAUACUAACCUCUCCACGAGGGCAUACAACGGGUCCAUCUCAGUUGUGCGGGAUAAAAAGAACUUACUGCCAUUGUCCAACAUCCUGGAGUCAAGCGAAGAGUUGCUCCUGUUGACUCCGUUGGUUAAACCGCUGCCCGCUUCCGCCGUAUCCCGCUCAGUGAGUGAGCACUCGAACGUGUCUCUCGAUCCAAAAUCGUGGGAUCGAACAGCUUCAGUGCUAGGUGGCGAAAGUGUGUUCAAGGAGCUCGGAAGGUCUCUAUCGCGGCAGAGGAGUGGCCGUGUCUUACACACAUCGUACACUUCUAAUGGUGUCCGCCCAAUCCACGAAAAUCUCAUUGACCGGGCCAGUGCAGUCAUUAUUGUUACCGCAGAUGCUAACAGAAAUCUGUAUCAGCAUGGGUUUACGAAACAUGUUUCCAUGAUCUGUAGAUCACAAUUUACCCCAGCCGGUGAAGCUCGCGAGAAGCCCCUGGUUGUUGUCGCUGCCAGUUCUCCAUAUGACUUCGCCAUGGACCCGUCUAUUGGAACAUAUAUUUGUACUUACGAUUUUACUGAGACCGCUCUGGAGGCCCUGGUUAAAGUGCUUUACGGGGAGCUCAACCCCAUCGGCUCACUGCCAGGUUCUAUUAGCCGCAGCCAGAAGCUUCACCAAGCGAGACAGCACUGGCUGGUGGAGAAUUGGAAUGAGGAAAGGGACGCACAUUCUCUGGAUUGUCUUUUGGAUGCGGUUAGAGGGGAUUGCGCUCAGGGACAACGUUCCGAGCUGUUAGGUGUAACGUCGAGUGGCUUCCUGCUGCGGCGGGAGGAAAUUGACGAAGCGCAUUUUGUCGUUCGAAACAGCAGCACACGAGCACUAUAUGGGUUUUGUUCCACAUACUUUUUUCGAUCCACGGGUACUGGAGUCAUUGGAUCCCUGAUCGUCCAUCCUGCGAGGCGAAAGUUGUCGAUUGGGAAUUCACUCCACAACCGCGCCAUUCGAACCCUUCUCCAGCAAAAGGGGAUGAAACGAUUCCAGCUUGGAUCUCGACUACCAGGGAUUUACCUGGGCAUUCCAUCGGCCAAUCCCGUAGAGCGGAAGAGGCUGCGACAAUGGUUUGCAAACCUGGGCUGGAACACCGCCCUUUCACGGCCCGUUUGCAGCGUGGUGCUGCGCAAUCUGUCCAGUUGGACGCCGCCCGACGGAUUGAUCCAUGGGCUUCAGAACGCGGACGUGGCUUACGACCUCGUUUACGGGUGGGAUUACGCUGAUUCCAUCCUUGACCAUGUUAAAACCAAUUCCAGACAAGGCGUGAUAGACAUCUACAGGGUAGCCCUAGGAGGAGCACCUCAUUGUGGAAUCAUUCGGGCCAUACGGCCUGGUGAUGGGGCUAUUUUGGGGAGUGUAGUCAUAUACAACAGCCGAGCGACAUUGGCAGAAUAUCUGCCCGCGUUGAAAUCCACGCAGGUCCAAGCGGGGGGCAUCUCUUCUCCGGUCAUUUCCCCUUCGGUUGGUGAGUACGCCACGGUCAUGCAGGGAUUGGUCUUGCUGGGAAUCAAACAAGUCCGUAAGAACGGCGCCCAGGCUGUAAUAAUGGAUUGUGUCGACGGCGAUAGUAAUCUCGACUGUUUGUCGGGACUGGGCUUCAGUACCCUGCAUAGCUUCGAGGAGGUCAAUUGCGAUGCGGCGUCAUGGACCAUGAUGUCUUCGUCUUGA